AUGCCUGCUUUCAGCCGGCUUUCAACCACGAACUCCCAGCUUCCUAGAAGCACCAGGCUACGUGGCCUGGCCAGAACUCUCGUGUUGAUGAGCGCUGCCAUGGGACUCGUAGGGCUCGCCGAUUCAGCAUCUACGCACAAAACCGAAAACUCGCUACAUACCCAUCUCAAUACCCCUCAGCAUUGGCAGGAGAUGAAAUUGGACGAAUACUUGUUGACUUAUCCCAACGGCGAAGUUCUCACUCUAUCUCAAUACGCCGAGCAGCUCCCGCAUCCCUUUCCUCUGCACUGUGGCAUAGGAAAAUUCAAGGAUUGUCAGAUCCCUUCAUACGCUUCACUUCGGGACGGCCCGGACUGGUGGAUUGUUACUUCAACGAUCAAUUGGAACUACUACACAAACUUCUUGGCCAGCACCUUGGCCCACUCCGGGCAACUUGCAAAAGAUGUUAUUCACCGCCUGCUUCAUGACCUUGUCUACGAGUACAACCCUGAAACAAGCCUCGGUGUGAUGACAGAGGUGGACUUAAUCCGAACUAUCCUUUAUCCCAUUGAGCAUGGGGGAAACCGUGACCACACUGUCAGUGACAGGACAGAAGUUCCUGAUUGGAUGGCUGCUAUCAGUCCCAUCGCCACCAACACAAACCCCCAAAUGGAUUUGCAUCAAACGCACCAAACCAUCAAAUCUACAAGGAACCCGAGAAAUUUGGCAUCUGGCUUGCAAACACCACCCUCGAAUGUGCCAUUGAUUGUGUAUAAUUCUGCUCAACCCGUCGAAACAAAUCUCCGGCAACUAAGCUCCCAGUUGGAGCACUUGUUGGCACAGUCUGUUGAGAACAAGGUUAAUUCGCCCAUCAGUCUUGACACUGGCAUCUAUUCGGCCAUUGCAGGUGGUCGAUUUGUCGGUCCGAGUCUUGAAACUCCACGUCUGGCAAGCAACGCAGACGACAUUAUGCGAUUGAUUGGUGUAUCAGCAGUCCUUAACCAUCAGAACUCAAUGAUUGUUAUUAGAAAGUCAUCUUGCUCCCUCUACCGAAAACAAUUGAAGCAAGACGAUGAAACCAGACUUCAGUUUUGCGCUUCUGACAGCACGCUCAUCGAAAUCGUGAACGUGAAAGAAAACACAAUCAUCAAAGACAUUUACAAUGCUCAUAUAAUCGAAAGCAAAUAUGGUUUCAAAACUUCCUUCUUGGCUUCUGAGGCUCUGCGUUGUCAACAAGCUAACCAAGAGACUGGACAUCACCAAGAACGGGAAAACAACGACGACAGUCCAUUUGACGUUUGCACCUUCGAGCUACCCAUCUGCAACCUUCAGGAUGAAUACUAUCAAGAAUUGUUGGAGCAUGGUAAAAGUAUUGCCCGGAUCUGUCGAGAAGAUGUUGGCUUGCCGAUUUGAACAUCCUGUUACAGAGCCCCUGCGACUCCUUUUGUAAGAGAAAGGUUUCGGGCACAUGGUCUCAUUGAACAUCCCUUGUUUUAAUUCCCUUUCACUCUCUUGAUACAUGAUAAUAUCAUUAAUUGUAUACACUUGUAUGGCUGUUUUCUUUUCACUCGUUUGAUGCCCUUCUUUUUGUCACUCUCUUGCACCCUAAACCUCAUGUCAAAUAGAAUGCCCCCAAAUGCCACCGCGCUCCAUCAACGAUCUAUCUUUUUGAAUCUCGUUGCUCAAGAUUGUUCCUUUGGGAUCACCAAUCACAGUCAAUUCUAUGGCAUUGCAAACUUUGGAAUUUCAUGCAUCUCAAGCUGCAAAGU